UGCAUGACGCCAAUGCGCACACACACAGACAGUAUACACACACAGUUAGCUCUGCGCGGGUGGAGCCUAAUCGUGUCUUGUAGGAUUUCACCGUCCGAGUCCUAGCGUGCACAACACAACACAACACACACACUUUGCUGUUGAGGGAGAUAGAAGUCUUCGCGCAAUGUGAAGACACGACUUGGAUGCUAAAGAUCUAAUAUACGACGAAACGUUAGAGCAUUAUAAGUGCUACGUGAGGUCGAUGGUGUAUUUUAAUCUUAUUAGAUAUAUACCUGCGUUUUAGUGGAAAGUUUGGGAUCUCUCGCUCUAAGUGAAUGAACUGGGAAAGCACUGUAUUACAACUUGGAUGAACAGGCUCUCUCCUCGCGCCCCGGGACAUGUUUUAGCGGUGUUGGGUAGGGAAUUAUUUUAUCAUAUAAUUAGGUGGCAAAACACCUCGUCCCCACCAUGAAGCGCUCAAGAGGUACAGUAGCGACGCCAUCUUUCCAGUCCUCUCCAAGGGCUGCGCGGCAGAGCGAGUGGCUGCGGAGCGCUCUGGCCCACCAUCACUGCCCCGACCCCGGCGUGGAGAACGAAAUAGUGGUCCUGGCCACGGGGAUUGACCAGUACCUCCAGGAGGUGUUUCACCACUUAGUUUACCCCAAACAAGACGACGUGGUCUCGGCAGAGGAUUUCACUGUGCUUUGCUCAGUGCUGGGGCUUACCGGAGAGGAAAGUGAGACAAGGGAUGGAGAGAAGGAAGAGGAGGGAGAUGAUGAGGAGGGACAAGGUAUUUGCUCGGGGCUCCCUCGCGAGCUGGCCUUUAGGGACUUCCAUUCGCGGCUAUGCGGUUAUUUCCGCGUCCGAGAGCGCGAUGCAACUGGGGUCAUGCGCCUCCCAGUUACAGAGGAGACCAAGCACAUUGAGCGCGAGAUCCGGCUUCGGUGGCCGCGGGUCAGGCGACGGAAAUGUGUCAGUUUCGACCUCACAAGAGAACAAACCGGGAGGAGGCCCGCGCCCAAAGCGCACACACGUGAAACGGGUUCAUCAGAACUACAUCAUAAAACAGGCCAGACAGAAACCGAGUGUGUGGCUCUGAGGGAGCUGGUUGAGGACCUGCGCUCUGCUCUACAGGGCAGCGAUGCUCGCUGCCUGGCUCUGGAAGUUGCAUUACAACGACAGAGGGGCCCAGCCAGGCUUACCAUGCACCACUCCAAUGUAGCGACUUCAAACACACAUACACCCUCAAACAUACCAAUUCCAAAUGCCCAGGGACGCAAGAGGGGUGCACCUAACCCCCCAAAAGAAGGGAUCCCAAAUCCCCAGGGCCGAGGGUGCGGGGUGGGGGAAGAGAGGGUAGCAGGGAGACGGGGCUCCAAAGACCCUAUCCUCAGGGAGCUGCAGCUGAUUCGCUCCUCACGUGACGGACAGCUGGAGGAGGCAAUCAGGUUCAACCAGCGGCUGGAGGAGGAGCUUGGCUGGGCAUAUGGUGAGGCUCGCAGGCUGGAGGGGGUGGAGUCUCGCCUACGGCAGGAGAAUGCUGAGAUCAGGCGGAGAACAGAAGAGGCGAGGGAGGCUCUCAGAGAGGGUCUCAAGAAGGUGAGACUGAUCCAGAAACAGGCUCAGAACGUCCCUCAGCUCCAGAGCAGAGUCACACAGCUGGAAACAGACAUUCAAGAGUACAGAUCACAGUGCACCUGCAGAGGAAGCCACGCCUCACCGCCUCGAGAGCCCAUGGACGACACCUGCCUCCAGCGAGCGGUGGAGGGGAGAGCUGCCUCCGACGAGGAAGAGGAAGAGAGGGAGAGGAAGGAGGAGAGGGAGGAAGGACAGUGCUGCCUUUUGGAGGUGAAAAGGCUCAUCAACAGACUGCACAACUGUGGUAAAGGGUGUCAGAAUACAACAGCCCACCACUUGCUACUCUCCCAGAACCUCCUCCUUGACAACCAGAACAAUCUCCAUGGCAAUGACCUCCUCAUGAUCCCCAGGGGGUGGGGCCGCAGAGGUCACACUUAUCAGGAGGAGAGGGAGACUCAGUUAGAGAAGAGGCAUGAGGAGGUGGAGGGGUUGAGGUUGGAGGUUCAGAUGGUGGAGACCGAGAGGGUACGUCUGUCACUCUUGGAGGAGAAACUGACAGACACACUAACACUGCUACUGCAGCUACGCAUCAAGGGUGUCUCUCAUAGGUCUCUGGGGAAAAUGCUGAUGGACACUCUGGAUGUCUGCAGAAAGAGUGGACAUAGCCCAUCCCAUGUGCUGCAGGUGGUCAAUUCCUUCUGUGCCCAGCUUUCGUCCAAUGAGCUGCUGCGAGAUGAGAUAGGAGUGGGAGGGGAAGGUGGCGGGGUAGGUGGAGAGGCACGAGUAUCUGUGUCUACAAGCCAGAGACCCUCAAGCACCGCCAACCCCCCUGCUCAUCUCCUGUUUGGGCAACACACAAACCUCUCUUCUCACCAAACUCCCCAACUCUCCUCCAUAAACAGUACAUAAAUGGUUUACAGCUACAGUACACUCCUAAACCUCCUUCUGAUUAUGCUACAAUACCACUUCCUAAUUGUAUACCGCGUCAGUACACUCCUAAACCGCGUCAGUACACUCCUAAACCUCCUUCUGAUUAUGCUACAAUACCACUUCCUAAUUGUAUACCGCGUCAGUACACUCCUAAACCGCGUCAGUACACUCCUAAACCUCCUUCUGAUUAUGCUACAAUACCACUUCCUAAUUGUAUACCGCGUCCUCUUAUAAAGGGAAAGGUAAAGGGGGGUACCUCGUCAGUUGUCCAACGGGAUGCAUUCAACUGAAAUGUUUCUUCCACAUUUAACCCAACCCCUCUGAAUCAGAGAGGUGCGGGGGGCUGCUUUAAACGACAUCCACGUCUUCGGCAUAUACCACUUCCUCAGGAGUAGGCCUAGCUAUGACUGUGUAUAUGAGAGGAAGAUACUACAGGUUCAUCUCUGUUGCUCUGCGGCUAUAACAGUCUCUGUCUGUGUACUGCUAUAUGUACACAGCAGAUUUAGCCUUUCACCUCUGUAUAUCUAUUCUGUUGUGUUUGUUACUAACAUGGCACUUAUGACACAAUCAUGAUUAUUUAUGCAAAUGUAUAUAUUCAUAUUUAUACUAAUGGGACAAGUUUGAUUAGCUAUGUAUUAUGUUUUUGUCUUUCUGUGUCAUUUGACAUGUUUUGUUAGUUUAGUUUAAAGCUUUGUAGAGGAGCACACUAGUGUGAUGACUGUGUAUGUAUGUCUUCUGAUUGUACCUUAGAUACACUGCUUACUCUACAUCAGGUACAGUACUUUAUACUCUAUUCAUUAUUUAUCAAAUCUCUCAUUGAGAUGACACAUCUUUUCACAUGAGGGACCCGGGAGACCUGAUUUAUAAACAUGUAACAUUCUAAUUAUUGCAGUUAUUGUAGAGGACAAUUAAUACAUUAAUUAAUAAAACCUCAUAAAAUGUGCA